AUGUUACUUUUAGGAAACAAUCCUUGCCAGGAUAGCAUCGAGAUCAAAGAGUUGAGCUCUGGGGAUCGCACAAUCAAUUACAAUUCUUCCACGGAUAAGUGCGACUCAAGAGACUCUGAGAUUGGUAAUGAUUGGUCAAAAUGGUACAAAAUAACUGGCAACGCGGGGAACGCCCUCCGAGUGAAUGCUCCACCUAGAUAUAGAUGCGGUGGAAAAGUCCAAGGUUACCUUAUAGAAAACCAUCCCGUACCUAGUGAUGGUGUGGUUAACUUACAACUGUGUAUUCAAAAUCCAUCAGAACUAUGUUACCGCCGAAAAGAGAUAAGUGUCGUAAACUGUGGUUCAUUUUACCUGUAUCAACUUCAAAAAGUAAGAAAUAACUGUGACCUUACUUGGCGUUACUGUACGAACGGUAGAGGUAAGCAUUUACCAAUUAAGUGUAAUCAUAAUCAUAAUGAUGAUCUUGAUCAUAAUCAUGACGUUGUCUCUCUAUUGAGAAUUACUGACAUACCCUAUAAAUGCAGAGACCAGCUCCCUGGGAGAUAACGCGAGGGUACCCCCCCAGCAGAGGCUACAUUUUCGCUGUGUGAGCUGGCGUGCGAAAAGUAGCCUCUGCCUACAACCGUUCAAUUUUCUAUCGUGCAUGCGCGAAAUUCGUCACGCAAUUCCCAAGCAAAAUUAAUCGUCAGGUCCGUCGUCAAAUGGCGCGAGUUUUGCGGGAAUAAAAAAAAGUAACGACAACCCUGAUCUGCUACGCAAGACUCACGCAAUGCGCUAAACCAGUAAAGAACAGGAAAAAGCCCGUUUUUUUCAUUUAUUCGUCCAGAUUUCAGGGCGGAUUUGAACGGUUGUCGGCAGAGGCUACUUUUCGUACGCCAGCUCACAAAGCGAAAAUGUAGCCUCUGCUCGCAGGGUAACGCAGGGGUGGAGUGGGGGAUAGAAUAGCAAAGGCGCAUCUGUUUCUUAGCCUAGGUCACCUAGAAGUACUGCUUAUCUCAACGUAAAAGGCGGGAUAACAGUUUUUGAAUCAAUUUAGGUUUCUGGGAAACUGCCCACCUACCCCUCCCCUAAGCUGACAUAAACACUUACUUCUCACCUAGGGCAAAAUAAUGGCUUACGGGAGGGGUAGGUGGGCAGUUUCCUAGAAACCUAAAUUGAUCCCAGUUUUCAACAAGUAUGAAUAGGGGCUAUAACACGCCAUUUGCUUUUACUUAAAGAAAAAUGGAGGUCACGUGACCAAGGCUUAAAACUAUGUGGUCUUUUGACUUAAACGAGCAUGUUCUCAACCAGCUACUCAUUGCAGAUUAAUGGAAGGAAAGAUUUCCAUAUAGGACUUUUUUGUCCUUGUUGGAUAUGAUCCGUCAACGACAACGCAAUCGUAAGAAAUUUCACUCUUCGAAGCUUUUCAAUGAUUGGCUACCCACUUGAAGGGAACUAGUUUGCAUAAGAUCACCUUUGGUUAUAGAACCACGCUUGACCUAUAGUCAAUGCAAGCAUAUCAUUCUCAUUACAGUGUAACUGGGCCAAUAAACUAAACGUUACUGAUCAUUUUCACUCCUUCUAAGCCUUGAAAGUUGAUCUAAAGUUUGUGAACGUAGAAGCUGAGGACUCGUAGCCUUUAUUAUAACCCUGGCGAGGUACAGGGAGGCUAUCUUUGUCGACGAAAGUACCAUUGAUUUCCCUAUUUUUCUCCCAUUUUCUCAAUCCUGAGUUUCCUAUUUUCCUAUUUUUUUGAACAACCAUGUCGCUGGACACCCUGCUCUUGGCAAACGUUCUUAGGGCUUCGUCACGCUUUCCUUCGCCUCGAACGUCUGCUGAAACAAGCAACCACUUCCGUUCGUAGAUACGGACGGAUCAAACAGAAACCAUGGUCCUAUUUUUAUCAGUAAGGUAAAAAGCGCUGUUGUGCCUCUUGGCGGCACAUCUAGCGGAUUCUUUCCUUUUCAGAUGAUGUUGAAUCUCCUUGUCAAGGUAGGGUAUUUGAGUCCCUGACUCUCAGCUUAAAUAAUAUCCAAAAGGGCGGAUUUCAGCUAGACGAGCAAGCAUCAACACCCUAGUUACAAGAAACGCUAUUCGCAAUAGCUGAGCUCUGUAUAAUGUGCAGCUUGAGGCUCUCAAAGUCAGCUGAUUUGAAAUUGUAAGCAUAUGCGAGCGGCGUUUUCUCACCCGACUAGGUCUGGCUACAAAGUCAAAUUAAUACUGAUGAAUAUUUUGGGGAGAGGCUUAUCGCGAAAAAUGUUACACGGAUGACCUACGAGUGUCGAUUUCCCUUACAGUAAAUGAUUUGCUUUCGCGUCAUAAUCAGUCAAUGCCAACGAAGGAAACUGACUGCUCGUUUCAGCAGACUUUCGUGGGCAAGGAGCACGUGACAAAGCCCUUAGAAUUUCUGCGUGGGAGGCUAGACUGCAUUGCAUCCUGGAAAAUGACCAGAAUUGUUGUUAGCGUUCGCACCCCCACUUCUGUCAACAAGUCCACAGCUCACGGAAAUUUCGCGCUUAUUGUGAUCUUCAAUGGUCGCAAGUUCCAAAAUAUGCGAGAGUCAUCAGUAGUCGAGUCCUAAAGCUACUUCGUUUCGGAGCGGCCGUUUUUCCACGAGCAAACGACUCUUAGCUACCGUCACGCUUAAUGAUGCUCAUCAGGCAGGGAGCUAUUAAAAGUGAAAAAUGGCUGUGUACCACUUUCCAUGGUAACCCCAAAUAAGGAGUCACUAAAUCCUAUAGAUUGUUUCUAUAGACAAAAAAAAAAUCACUCGAAACCGUAAAAAGUCUCGGGCGUCAAUGGGUUAAAGUGUCUUCGCAUCAGAUGAAUUCCAGAGAUUGUCAUGCACCUUAUUCCAAUUCAAACGGGCGCUCAAGUUAAUAUAGUUGUCAGAGGUAUGGCCAAAAUAAGCCUGUUUAACUGUAGUUUUUAAUUUUCAAUGUUGCAGAACCGAGCCCAUGUAUGGACGGAAACUGUCCUAAUGGGCAGAGCUGUGUGUUAACAGAUAAUGGUUAUCAAAAAACGUGUGUCAGUGGUGAGUAUAUACCGUAAAAUUCCGAAAAUAAGCCCUUCCAUGUAUAAGCCCCUCCAAAUAUAAGCCCCCCAAACCGGUGACGUAAAAAAGCCUCCGUUAAAUCGCCCCUCCAAAUAUAAGCCCCCCGGGGGCUUGUACUUGGAACAUUGCCCUCAAAUACAAAGUAAAACAACAGAAAAACGGUAAAUUUACUUCCAACUAUAAGGCUAGCCCAAUCGAUUUGUAAACGCAAAUUUCCCUCCGUAGAUAAGCCCCUCCAAAUAUAAGCCUCUCCAAAAAUAAGCCCCUCAAAAAGGGCCUUUGAAAAAUAUAAGCCUAGGGGCUUAUUUUCAGAAUUUUACGGUAUUUAUGAUGAUAACGAUAAUGAUAAUGAUAAUGAUAACGAUAAUGAUAGUGACAGUGACAAUGACAGUGAUAUUGAUGGCGAUGGUAAUAGCGAUCAUGAAAAUGAUAAUGAUAAUAAAAAUGAUAAUGAUAAUAGGGACUACAGCAAAAACUACGGAAGGUUCUAGUACUGUGAUCGGAACUAACUUUUUUUCACCACCCGUUAAUGCUUCAAGUCAGAGAGUUUAAGAUACCACGACGGCUACAGCGGUGAAAUCGUCGCUUAAAAGUGUAUUCGCGUUGUUUUAUUCUUUAUCGCAAUUUUUCCAACUCGCUUGCUUUGUGAAAUGUUGGCGAACUCUUCUGAGGUUGAAGCCGUGAAGCGAUCCCCCACGGCAACGAAAUGUUAAAAAAAACAACAACAACAACAACAGCAUUGAUAAAAAAGGGUGAUGCAUGGACAUAUUUAAGGCUUGCUUGGGUUUUAUUAGCCUUAUCUUAUUCACACCACUAGGUGAGAUGAUAUCCCCUAUGAAAUAUGAUCUUUCCCGUCAAUUGUAUUUUGCGUAUUUGGCUGUAAUUUUCACUUGGGUGUUGCGCUUGACACCGAAUUUGGGGCUCAUGAUCGAAAAAAUGCAGCCUUCAGAAAUUUCUGUGUAUAACGUGAUUGACACAAUGACGUCAUCUGGCGUCAUUAUAACGUCAUAUAUUUUUUAAAUUUAUUGGCAGAAUCCAAAUUUCCUUCAAAGUACAUGUAACUGAUUUUUUGAAAACCAACCUAACGAAAUUUGCAGUUAUUUGAGUGAAAAGGCGUCAAAAAGGAAUGUUUGUUAACUCUAAGAAGCUCCAAAAUCACGGUAACAAAGGAAAAAGAAAGGAGAAAAAGAAAGAGCGAGGAGUAGGAAAGGAGGAGAAGAGAAAAAAAAAGAAAGAAACAAAAAAAACAGUAGUUGCACUAAUGGCUACUUUGGCCGAAAAAAAAAAAAUAGUUAGACGCAAAAGGUCCAUUUGGCGGUAACGUUAUCAAUAAUCCGGCUAGAUAUAUUAGGCCGAAAAUACUCAAAAAGUAAGGUGUUUGAUAAAAUCAACAAGUUGGCUAGCAUAUAAAUAACCUUUAACAACAGCAGUGAUGUCAUUAAGGCUUAAGAAACUUAUUAUAAGAGAUUAAACCUUUUAGCAUUUCUAUCUUGCAAGUCGGCCUAUCAUCAAAUGCAUAUCAAUAAUGCAAAUUGAAAUUAAUUCAGUGAACUUUCGCUUAUUUACCUGAGUCCUGGCUUUAGUAAGCACUGACUCCGAUGUAUAAAACCUUUCCAUAGAGUAUCGGCAUUUGUAAUCGCAUACAUUGACUAGUUUUAACGAAUAACAAACUGUAUCAAAAAUACCCCUUUAAGAUCAAGUGAAGUAAGUAUAAGACAGACGUAUAAGACAAUGCAGUAGAAAACCAAGCCUUUAACUGAUCAUCAACAAAUGCAAGUUAUACAGUCGUCCUUUAACUUACAAAUAUUAAGUAAAUAUACAUAUUUUUCACAGAUUUUUUAGCAGGUUCUUCAACAGGGGCCCCAGCAAAUUCUUCAGGUGAGUUUCCGAGAUUUUAGAUUUAGAUUUGAGAUUCUUAUCACUGAAUAAAAAAAGAAAAUGAACAGAAACGGAGAAAUGAAUAAUUAAGUAAGGUUUAUGUUAGUCCCCUGGAGUUUGGUUUAGUUUGUAUUAUCGUGGGAUAUUUUAACUCCUCGUCUCUAGCAAGUUAUUAAAAAUUAUUGCAGCAUAAAGAACGGAACCUUUACUUGGUUAUCAACUACCGUAAAAUUCCGAAAAUAAGCCCCUUCAUGUAUAAGCCCCUCCAAAUAUAAGCCCCCUAAGCACCCUCCGUUUAAUCGCUUCCCUGAAUAUAAGCCCCCCGGGGGCUUGCACUUGGAAAUUGCCCUCAAAUACAAACUAAUUACAAAAUAAAGCAAAAACGGUCAAUUUCCUUCCAACUAUAAGGCUAGCUUAAUCGAUUUUGAAACGCAAAUUUCCCUCCAUAGAUAAGCCCCUCAAAAAGGGCCUUUGAAAAAUAUAAGCCCCGGGGCUUAUUUUCGGAAUGUGACGGUAUAUGACAAGUACAUCCUUAAAGGCAGAUAUGAGUAACUAUACUAUCUUUCACAGAUUCCUCAACAGGGUCUUCCACAAGCUCCCCAGGAAGUUCUUCAGGUGAGUUUCUGAGAUUUCAGAUUAAGAUUUAAGAUUUUAAACAUUGAAUAAAAAGGACGAAAGGAAUUAACCUUUUCAAAUAUUAAAAAAAUUUAAAACUUAGGGUAAUUCUCUUAGAUAGAAAGAAGUAAAUACACUAACGUUCAUCGGUUUCUCAACAGAAACUUCCACAGGCGCCCCAGCAAUAUACUCAGGUGAAGCUUUAAGAUUGUCCACGCUUUUUAACAAUGGAUCCGAAUGAUAAAAAGAAAAAAUAGAACCCUUUCUUCCAGUUUUCUGGCAAUUAUGGUGUGGAAUUGACGUCAUUUUUUGCAUCUCGUAAACUUCUUCCAAAUUUGGUCAACAGUGGCUGGUUAUGAUGAAUUAUCCGUGAGAAUUUAGCCAAUCAGCAACGGAGAAUUGAAUAAUAGUAAGGUUUAUUUUAUACCCCUCGAGUGGAAUUAUAACGGUUAAUCUCUUAUUGAACGGUUUAAUUUGUAUCAUCGUGGGAUAUUUUUACUUGUUGUCUCUGGCUCUAGCCAUGUCAGUUAUCAAAAAUUAUUGCAGCAUAACGAACAAAACCUUUACUUGAUUAUCAACUAUAUCACAAGUACAUCCUUAAAGGCAGAUAGAAGUAAAUAUACUUAUCUUUCACAGGUUCCUCAACAGGCUCUUCCACAAGCUCCCCAGGAAGUUCUUCAAGUGAGUUUCUGGGAUUUUAGAUUAACAUUUAAGUUUUUGAACAUUGAUCUGAAUAAAAAGGGCAAAUGGAACCUUUUCAAAAAUUAGAAAAAAAUGUCAAACUUAGAGUACCUCUUAAGUUAGAAAGAAGUGAAUAUACUAACGUUCAUCGGUUUCUCAACAGAAACUUCCACAGCCGCCCCGGCAAGUUCCUCAGGUGAGGUGUAAGAUUGUCCACGCUUUUUAACAUUGAAACCGAAUGACAAAAAACUUUUAUUCAUCGUUUUAAAAACUGCAUCAAAAAGUAUAUAUUUUGUAGAUAAAACAAUUUAAAGAGAGAAUAGUUCUCUAUUGUGAAAAUAUAUAGUUUUAUGUUUGACAAAGGUUCCUCAAGUGGAAUUUUCCCAACCGCUACUUCUUCAGGUGAUUCAUUAUAAGUAUUUUUAGAGCUUAAUGCAACAUUGCAACAAAAUUAUUAAAAACGCUCAAAACAUAUUUAAAAAGCUGAAAAGAAAAGAAAUGAUUCUGCUAAUUUUGUCUCAACAGGAACCUCCACAACCGCAAGAUCAAGUUCUUCAGGUUAAGUGUAUUCAAUAUUACACGAAAAUGAUCAAAGUCAUUAAUCAGAUUAUAAAGCAUAUGAAGGAAAUAAACUUCUUUAAAGAUGGGAAAAAUACUUUUUUGCGCGUCCAACUAAAUUCAAGAAAGAAUGAAAUAUGUGUUGCGUGUCUGCAGCAAGCUCUGCUUUUCGAAUAAAAAAUUCACGGUACAACGAUGUUGGCAUAAUUUUCUACACAAGUAACUUUUAAUAGAAAUGUCUAAAAUGCGCUAGCGUGCCCAUGUGACGGUAAACACUUCAUAAGAAUACAUUCGACAAAGAUGGGGACAGAUAAAACGCCCGCUGAAGGCUGGUUUCCACUGGCGAGGGAGUUGAAGUCGAAUUCUUAAGCGGAGUCGAAAGAGGGAUUAUGACCCAGUGAAAAUCAAAAAUGGGAGUCGUUAGCGGAGUUAUGAGCGCGACGGAAUCGGAGUCAGAAGAAUAACAACGUUUCUUCCGACCUCAUCUUUACAUUACACUUAUGAUCUAGUGAAAACCAGAUUGUCGGAGUCGGAAGCAGAAGCGGAAAGAUAAACCAAUCACAAUGCACGUUCCCACGCUCUGUGAUCGGUUUCUGGUUUUUCUGCUUCUGCUUUCGACUCCUACCAUCUGGUUUUCACUAGACCAUGAACGUUACGUAAGCGACGGAGUCAUAAGCGGAAUCGGAACACUGUUUUCACUAGAUCAUAAGAUCUACGCUUCUGAUCCCGACUCCGACUCCGACUCCGACUCCGUCGCUAGUGAAAACAAG